AUGGCUUCUUCUACCUCCUUCGGUGCUCAUCCUACCAACCGUCCCCCUCACUACCGCACCCCGUCCCCUCCGCGCCAUGCGAUCGAACCUCUCUCUCCCCGUAACCCCUUCGCCCCUUCACCGGCAUCCGCUUCCCUCCCACGCCGUGAACAUUCGAGAAAAUCAAGCAUCACCAGCUACGGGCGAGACGGUGAAGCUGCCCCGAUAGACGAGGCGCGGAAACAAGCUCGCCAUCGGUCCAUUGCCGGCACCGAACAGCAGCAUCAGAGUCGUAGUAGUCAUCAUCAUCAUCAUCAUUCUCACAACCAACAACAACAUCACCAUUCUCCGGGCAGGCCCGGAGGCCACUCCAGAUCUAGGUCUACCAUCGACACUCUUGCUACGAUAGCCCUGGCUACGAGUCCUACUUUUUCUCCCCUCACCUAUGACGGCCCGGACGGACCAGUCGUCUCGCCACUCGCUGGCAACGGCUCCGUUGAUAUAGACGAGAGACCGUCAAAGCGAGCCAAGUCUGAAAAGGCGCCCUCGCCCAGCUGGCAGAGGUUCGGUAACAGACCUGCAACAAGUCAUGUCUCCACCCUUGACAGCAUGAAAACGGACGCUGAAUUACUGCUCAACUUCGCCAGACCUGCCAACUCUCCCCAUUUCCAGCCUCAUGAUGCGCUAGCCCGAAAUAUCGACAAUACCGCCCACUCCUGGAACCCGGAACCAUGGCGUGGCCAUGCCUCGAUGGCCUCAAAUCACGACCAAAGCGAUAUGACACGCGACAGGGGUCCUUCGGCCUGGUCUGUAGUCGGAGGUAUGAAUGGAAUGCCGCCGGUUAGGCUACGAUCCCAAUCAGACGGUGCCGCUGCUCUCUCCAGACCCGUGAUGAAUGGCUUUAUGCCCGAUUCUUCGUUAUAUUCUUCCGCUAUGGGGCCAGUGCUAGAAGAUGAGCAAGAGGAGGACAGGAAAGCGAAAAAGAACGUUGCAUGGGGCCCUAGCAUACCUGCUCUGCAGCCAUCCAACCCUCUCCAAGACAAGCAGCCAACCAUAUCUAAACUAGAAAUGAAGCACGAACAUGUUGAAAACGGCACAUCUGGCCAAACGAAUUGCGCGGCCUGUAACCGGGAUCGAAUUCCAGUGGACGCCGGAGGAGACGAUACGGAGGUUACUUGGGUCAAUUGUGAUGGAUGUGAUCAGUGGUUCCACAUCGUCUGUUGCGGAUUCAAGAGUGACCACGAAAUACGCACAGUUGACAAAUUCAUCUGCUCACAGUGCCGCCCCAUACACGGGCCUACAACGUUUGUCCGCAAGUCAACUCGCCCACGAACAGCCAUUGAUUAUGCAGGACUAAACCAGGGUUUCGUCAAACCACCUUCGGAAGAACAUGAGAAUAUACAUCUUACAUCAAUAAAACAGGGCAAGAUAACGUUUCUACCUGACCACUUCGCCAGGAUGCCGCCAGAUCUAGUGACUGCGUCAUACUUCGAGCAUGGCGUUGGCAUGAUCGAGCCGAUAGUUAUCCCCGCACACAUGAACCCGCGUACGCCAUGCUCGAAUGCCGAUUUCCACGAGGCUACCACGGAAGAAGAAUUUGAUAAAACUAUUCCCGAGGAUGACGGCUACGAAGAGGCCAUCGAUUGUGGCCAAGAUCGCCUCGAUAUGGUCAUCCCAAAAGAUCUUACAGUCAAGGCUGUUGGUGAGAUCUACGGACUUGAGGAAAAGAUAGAGGUCAUCGACGUUAAAUCGCAGCAGGGCGAAGAGAAGAAAUGGAACAUGCAAAGGUGGGUGGAUUAUUAUUACGACACUAGCUCGUCUAAGGUGGUGAAGAACGUUAUCAGCUUGGAAGUCUCGCAAUCUCCGAUUGGAAGGCUGCUACGACGACCCCGAGUAGUUCGCGACCUAGACCUCCAAGAUUCAGUGUGGCCACCCGAACAGCAAGCCAUAGGGGACUAUCCAAAGGUUCAAUUCUACUGCUUGAUGUCCGUUGCAGACUGCUACACUGAUUUCCACAUCGAUUUUGGCGGAUCGUCGGUUUACUACCAUAUUCUGAAAGGGAAGAAGACCUUUUUCUUCAUCCCACCCAAGGAAAAACAUUUGAAAAAAUACGACGAAUGGUGUAAUUCACCAGCUCAGGAUACCACUUUCCUAGGUACUGAGUCGAAGGAAUGCUAUCGAGUCGACCUCUUCGAAGGUGAUACCAUGCUGAUCCCCUCUGGUUGGAUUCACGCCGUUUGGACGCCGGAGGACAGCCUAGUCAUAGGCGGCAACUUUCUGACCAGGAUGAAUUACGCUAUGCAGCUCAAGAUUACCAAGAUGGAGAAAGACGCCAAAGUCCCCAGAAAAUUCCGAUAUCCUUUCUUCCAGAAAAUUAUGUGGCUGACUGUCCUAAAAUAUCUGGCGGACGACCCGUUACCUCCACGACUUCUGGACGCUUUUUUCCAAGAUGAAAAUUACCAGUUCCACCGCGAGACUCCAGUCUACCAUCUCUCAGUCGACGGAUCAGUUGCAGUGCAGGAGCCAGGGUCAGACCAUUACAAUGCAAAGUACUAUUCUCAAGGCGAAAUUGAUGGACUGCCGGAGUUGGCGAAAUAUAUCCUGAGAACCGCAUUGAUUGCGGGCGGCUACAAGGUCGAUGGGGUUACGAAAGAAACUAAGAACGCAGUCAGCAGGUCCAUUCCCAAAGGUCAAGGUGAUCCGGUUGAAAUUGCGCAGAAAUUCGGGGUUUGGGUCGCGUGGAAACGCGGUAACGAACCUGCUCCCCAGUGGACACGCCCUGGAGCGAUUGUCAUGGACGUGAAGGUUGAUAUGUCUGAUAAACGCAGAAGUACGCGGCCACGCAAACAGUCCGAGCGUGCUAUGAGUGGUUCUCAAAAGCCUAGGCCGUCCCCAAGCACAUCCCAGAGACCAUCGGAUCACAGCUCGCAAGCCGCAAAUGGUACGCCUCUACGAAGUGUUUCCGCGUCGUCCAGUAGUGAAACACCUACUCGAGAAACUCGCAGAGCGUCUCUCAUCGAAGUUAAGGGGCAGGAAAGUAGCCCACGUCAGACUCCUAAAGCUGCUAGUCUUGGUCCUAAACGGGUUGCCUGCGACCCUUGUCGAAAACGCCGUAUUAAAUGCCGUCAUAAGGGCGAUACAGGCGCCGAGGCCGUCUCUGAUCAAAUAGAUAUGACAAAGGAAUCGAACAGUCAUCCAGCAUUUAGUGUCUCCGGGGCGCCCUUGGUUACACUGGAGCCCGACAAUGUCUCUGGCAAGGUCAAUGAGGAUACCCAUCCUUAUCAUAAUGAUAUUGCCCUGAUAGGCGGCAUUUCGCUCCCGCACCACCCAUCGGACACGAAUGGAAAUACACUGAAAAGGCCCCAGGAAACGAGCCCUAGUUCGUCCUGUUCAGGUAAGAAGGGCAGAAUAAAAGCCUGUGAAGAAUGUCGGAAGAGUAAACGUCGCUGUAUCCACGAUGAAGCUGGUCGAAUCGAUCCGAUAAAGAUUCAAGAACAACCCAAAACAAAGCGUACGCGCCCUGACGAUGAGAAAUCGAGCCCACUGAAAAAGCAAAAGCGCGCAGAUGACAUAUCAUCACCACGUCCUGGAGCUACAGGCUCUGAUAAAGGUCAUUCUCAAACUCCCAAAGUCGCCAAUACGCGUGAGAGGUCCGACAAGUCUCAUGUUCUCAAGCCUGAUUUUCCCAGCGAAAGUCCCCUUUAUUCCUCUCCCCCGGCUGCAAUUUCGGAGUUAGAUUCUGCACCUGAACAUCCACUAGUUCCGGAAUCAGUACUUCCCGUUGGAAACCUCGUGUCUCCCCCGACAUCACUUGUUGAUGAUAUAGACGGAAUUCUAAGCUCUUUAGACGGUGAAAAGGGCAAAACCAUCGACGGUGAACGAGCUACCGACAAACCCUUAUCGGUUCAUACGCCAACUUCUAUGUCUUACCAUCCCUCUCGCUAUCCUCCUAUCUCGCUCAAUACAGCUGCUGUUGAUAACCCCAAACAGCGCGCAUCCAAAGAUCGCAGCUUCGCUACUGCCUCUACCUCCGGUCUGUCCCCAUCCUCUCCAGUUCGAUCAAAGGCGUCGUCUAGACCGGGGUCAUCGCACCAUACGAAUGACGGCGCCUCUGGAACAUCGAGUGCCAGGAGAGCACAUGAUCGUACCAGUUUUGCAGAAGUCGAUGCUGACCCAGAUAGUAUAAAACUCAUUCGGCAACUGCAAGAGGAAGACUUCGGACUUCGGAGGAGAGCAGCGAAAUCAAAACCCUAA